AUGGAAAAAAACACAGAGGAAAAUGUGAAGGAGGAUGCCGAAAUCCUCAUGCGCGACCAGCAACGAAAGCGGGAGAAGGAGGAAUGGGAGCGAAAGAAGCGAGAGGCGGAGGAGGAAGAGGAAAGGAGGAAAAAAGAGGAGAGGGAGCGCAUCAAGGAAGAGGAGAUUCGGCAGAAACGACGGGAGGAGGAGUGGAAUCGACUUGGCCCCGAUCUCAUUCAGGAUCUUCCCCCCGUUCCGCCGCCCAUAAAGGACGAUGAUGAUCCGAAUGCCCUCCGCGCGUGGUACCUAGACGAUGAAACCUCCAAGUCGACCCUAACGAUGCAAAGCUUCAAGCCAGGACGCAAACAGGAUGCGCCGCCAGUCACCAUGAGCGAUCUAUUCAAGCUUGGGAUUGUUUGCUUCUAUAUUAACCUGAACGAAUUUUCUAUUGUCAAACAAAUCAUAAAAGAGCGAUUGUACAAACACACAGAUGAGGUAAGGAUAUCACAAACGGCAAAAGAUGACACUUUCCUGGUGCGAUGGUUCAAUGAGCAUUACAAUGAGGACGAACAACUGCGUCUCGUCUUAGAUGGAUCUUGCUAUUUUGAUAUUCGAUCCGUCAGAGAAAAAUGGAUUCGAAUCCAUCUUCAAACCUCUCAGUUAAUUAUUAUACCCGCCGGGAUGUACCACCGCGGCACACUUGAUGAAAACGAUUAUGUCGCCCUCUUCCAGGGGUUCCAAGAAUCUCCCCGCUUCGUACCGAUUAACCGCCCUGAUAAUCAAGCUGAUACGCGAAAAUCAAGGCUAAAUUAUCUUAUGAAACUAAAAAAGGGUAACGUAGCGGCUGAGUUGGGGUUUCACGUAUAG